ACGUCAGCAACAAAACACAGCAGCAGGCGCAGGGCGGUAGCUAAGAUACCCGCCGCACACAAACAUCGCCCUUUCUCACUAUUAACGGCACAAAGGGCCCCCGGACGGCCUUCGUCUGCGGUUCGGGACGGACGGGAAUUGCGUCGCGGCCGGAGCGAAGGACGACGAGAAGGGCGACAGAGACUCCGCGCCUCAGCUGUGUGGUGUCUCCCGCACGGGCUAGCCGACGUGCUAACGGCUAAGGCGAACGGAGCGGCGCAGCGCGCAGCCGGGGAGCUCGUGGGCAGAGGCCGAUCCAUAGAGGAAUCCCAGCAUGCUUUUUUGAUGCCUCAGUUGCCAAAGUGCGCUGCCUGGUUGCGCUGUUCGGUGACACACUUUGCUGUGGUUAAAGACAGCAUCCUAUACCUGGAGGUGCUCAAUGACUAAAUGAACAAGAAAGGGAAGAGGACACAUUCCUGGAGAAUUCAACAUGAAGUUGUAUGUGUUUCAGGUCAACAAUGGAAGCACACUGACUUUUGACACUGAGCUUGCUGUUCAAACUGUGGCAGACCUUAAACAUGCCAUCCAGGCCAAGUACAAGAUCGCCACGCAGCACCAGGUUCUUGUGGUCAAUGGGGGAGAGUGUAUGGUGGCAGAGAGACGUGUCUGCAGCUACAGCGCCGGCACUGACACCAACCCCAUCUUUCUGUUCAACAAAGAGAUGAUCCUAUGUGAUAGGGCCCCAACCAUCCCUAAAACCACCUUUUCCAUUGAGAACGAGAUGGCCAUGAAGGUCGAGGAGUCACUCAUGAUGCCAGCUGUCUUUCACACUGUUGCCUCACGAACACAACUUGCAGUGGAAAUGUUUGAAGUUGCCAAGAAGCUGUGCUCUUUCUGUGAGCGCCUGGUUCACGACGAGCAUCUCCAGCACCAGGGCUGGGCCGCCAUCAUGGCCAACCUGGAUGACUGCACACUGUCCUAUCAGAAGCUGCUGUGGAGGUUCGAAACUGCCUACACAAACUAUCAACAGGAUAUUGAGGAAAUCAAGCUAAAGCUCACCAAGCUCGGUACGGCAGUGUCGGUCAUGGCAAGGAUCCCACUGCUUGAAUGCCUAACUCGUCACAGCUACAAGGAGAGCCUUGAGAAGCCCGGUUCACCUAGCGCCACGGAAGAUACUGAAGAGGAGCGCUCGGUCGAGUCUGUGCUCCAUCCUGGAAGCACAGCGAGCAGCAGCAAGGCAACCGCCCCCCUCUCUGACUCUAAGACCUCUGAGGGCGAGAGCCAGGGGGAUAUGACGGAUAGUCGAGAACUGAGAGCCGCGCUGCAGGAAGAGGAAUCCCCUGAAAGGAGCAGCCCUCCCCAGUUCAACGUCUCCCUGCUGGACUGGGUCAACGUCCAGGACAGACCCAAUGAUGUGGAGUCAGUCGUCAGGAAGUGCUUUGACUCCAUCAACAGACUUGAUCCUAGAAUCAUCCAGCCUUUUUUGACGGAUUGUCGGGACACUAUUGCCAAACUGGAUAAUCAAAACAUGAAGGCCAUCAAGGGCCUUGAAGACAGGCUGUAUGCCCUGGACCAGAUGAUUGCAAGCUGCAAAAAGCUAGUCAAUGAACAAAAAGAACUUGCUCAGGGAUUUCUUGCCAAUCAGAUGAGGGCUGAAAACCUGAAGGACACGUCGGUGCUCCCUGACCUGUGUCUGAGUCAUGCAAACCAGCUGAUGAUCAUGCUGAACAACCACAGGAAGCUGCUAGACAUCAAGCAUAAAUGCACCACGGCCAAACAGGAGCUAGCCAACAAUCUGCAAGUUCGCCUCAAGUGGUGCUGCUAUGUAAUGCUGCACGCGGACCAGGAUGGCGAGCGGCUGCAAGCACUGUUACGGCUGCUGACGGAGCUGCUGGAGCGCGUGCGAGUGGUGGAGGCCCUCAGCACCGUGCCACAGAUGUACUGCCUUUCCGUGGUAGAGGUAGUGAGGAGGAAGGUCUUCGUACGGCACUACAGAGAGUGGGCCAGUGCUCUAGUGAAGGAUGGGAAACGGCUCUACGAAGCUGAGAAAGCUAAAAGGGAAACAUUUGGGAAACUCUUCAGGAAGUCAUUCCUCAGAAACCGGUUGUUUCGGGGUCUUGAUUCUUGGCCUCCGGCCUCAUUUUGCACACGCAAGCCCCGAAAGUUUGACUUUGAGCUUCCGGACAUUUCCCUUGCUGACCUGCAAUAUCUAAAGUCUUGCUGUCCUUCAGAAGUCCAGCCUUUUCUCAGUGUGCCGACGCUGUGUGACUUCGAACCUCUCCACCAACACAGCCAGAUGCUCCAUCAGCUGGUUCAGGCUACCCAGAGCGUCGAUGAGAUGUCUCAGACCAUCACUGAUUUACUCAGCGAACAAAAAGCAUCAAGUAUCCAGAUGACACAGAGAUCCAUGGCGAUACCACGGUCCGAAAGCACAACAGGAACCACCUCUACCUCCCCCAAAACUCCAUCGUCUCUCAGCCUGCAGGGUGCGCUGUGCCAGCCCCUUACAGUCACUGCCCCUUUAGAAGAGCUGUCACCGGACAGCAUAGACGCUCACACAUUUGACUUUGAAACCAUAGGGCAUCCUAACAUGGAUCCCGUGUUGCAGCAGGGUUCUCUGGAUCUCGACUCGUUGGCAGAGAGCCCAGAGUCAGACUUUCUGUCUGCAGUGAACGAGUUUGUGAUUGAGGAGAACUUGACCUCCCCGAAUCCCAUCAGCGAUCCAACGAGUCCUGAAAUGAUGGGAGAGUCUCUCUAUUCCUCUGUCAUCAACGCAAUCGACAGCAAGCGAAUCCAGGACACAACCACACUGGAGAGAGAGAACUCGAGAGUGGCGAUCUUAAAAGCAUGCAUUGAUAAAUACAGGUCCGCUGCCGAAGAAUCCCAGGGCUGCUUGAGGAGUGUUAAGGAUGAUUUGCACCACUUCCGUGGUCUGGUUCUGAAAGAACACCGAGAUUUUGGCUUUGCCUUGAAAACUAUGUCUAUCGAAGUGCGGAACACGAUGGACAGCGUCCAGUAUUCCCACCUGGAAGACCUGAAGCAAAGGCAUCAAGACCAAGUGCAGGCACUCCAAAGGGACUACGAGAAGAAGCUCUUAGAUCUGCAAGAGGAAUCGGCAGUCAACCUGAACAUUGUGAAAGACCUGCAAAGGGCAAUGCUUGAGUUGGAGGGCAUCAUUGGGCGUAAGGAGAGGGAGGUCUCCCAGCUAGAGAGCGAGAGGGAUAAUGCCAUAGACUCAGUGAGCAGCCUAAGGAAGCAGCUCGAGGACCUGAAGAAGGAGAUGGCAGGACAGAGCAAAGAGUUGAGAGAUGCAGUGCUGUCCCGCGACUCACUUAUUACUCAACUGGAGAACCUGCAUUUCGAAAUUGAGCGAAGCCAGCAGAAGAUCAAGCAAGAGAUGGAGAGCCUGGAGAGGGCCCACCUCCGGGAGGUGGAGGAGCGACUGCAGAGGCAGCACGCCACCGAGCUAGAGGAGGUACGUCGCGAGAGCCACGAGGCCCGUGAGCGCCUGGCUGAGGAGAACGUGGCUAAACUAAAGGAGCUGGUGGACCUCCACACAGCAGAGCUGCGCGAGCGAGAAGACCGCCUGCAGGACCUCGAACAACGCUUCUUAGACCUGUCUGAUGUCCGCUGCAAGCUGGAGAUGGAGAUGGCCCUCAAAGAGGCAGAGAUGGAGGAAAUGAGGCUGCUUUAUGAGGAGGCCAAGGGCCAGCAGGAGGAGGCUCUGGCUUUGAGGGUGACAUCUCAGACAGAAAGCCUGCGCAAGGAGGUGGAGGAGCUGAGGCAACAGCUGCGGGCAAAAAACGAGGAGUAUGAGGUGGGACUAGCAGAGCUGCGCACUCUCAUGAGGCUAGAGAAGGACCACUGCAUCUCAGAACUGGUGGACAGACAUGAGGAGGAGAGCACUCUGCUCCGCAGCGAGUUUACUGCUCUACAGCACAGUGCUCAGGUGAUGGAGAAGGAAAUCAGGGAGGAGGUGCAGGCACUUCGGGUGGAGCUGAAUCAUCAAACGGCCGCCCUGCAGAGCGAGAAGGAUGAGCACCAGAGAUCUCUACAAGAGCAGCUGCGCCUCAAGACACUCAUCAGCGAUCUGCAGGCGGAGAACGAGCUUCUGUCGGAGCAGUUAGCUCAUGAAAAGGAGGCGGCACUCCUCAGUGUGGAGGAGCAGAAGGAGAAGGCGGUGAGGCUUGCGCUGGCCAAGGCCCACAGAGACUCUGAGCAGGAGAAGCAGGCCAUUGAACAAAGACUGUUAGAAAAAAUUGCACAACUUGAAAUUCAGCUGCGAGACAGGCAGACUACUGAAGGUGUGACGAUGGCCUCUGGGCCGUCUGAGGGUCACGCACUCUUGAGCACAGACCUUGAGGAGAGGCUGCAGGAGGAGCGCGCCUCCCUUGUGGCCCAGCUGGAGCUCCUGGAGAAGAAGAAGAAUGAGGAGAUGCAGAAUCUGAAGACCUCGCUCAUUGCUGAGCAACAGACAAACUUCAACACGGUGCUGACCAGGGAGAAGCUGAAAAAAGAGCAGAUCAUCAGUGAGUUGUCGGAGAAGCUGAGCGUGGUAACCCAGCAACAGGAAAAGGACAAAGGUCUGAUCGAGACCCUGCAGGAGGACCGUGCCAACCUCCUACAGGAGAAGAAGCAGCUGGAGGAGGAGCUGAACCGGCUACGUAGCUCUGCGCUCCUCUCGUCAGCCUUCUUUGCUGGCGCCGCACCUCCUGCCGACACCUUGGGGACAGGGGUGGCCUCAGCCUGUGCCGCUGCUGAAAUGCCCGCUGACCUGGAGCGCCUGGCCUCGGUGGCAACAGCACGCGAUGAUGAAAGGCUUGAGUCCGCUGUAGAGGCCAGCAUGAUGACCGUGCAUGAAAAUGUCCUGAUGCUCUCAGAAGAAAAGCAGCGCAUUUUGAUACUUGAGCGGACUUUGCACAUGAAAGAGGAGGAAAAUAAACGGCUCAGUCAGAGACUGAUGUCCCAGAGCAUGUCUUCUGUGUCGUCGCGCCAUUCGGAGAAAAUCGCUAUAAGAGACUUCCAGGUGGGGGACUUGGUGCUCAUCAUCCUGGACGAGAGACACGACAAUUACGUGCUGUUCACUGUUGGGCCGACCCUUUACUUCCUGCACUCAGAGUCUCUGGCUGCGUUGGACCUCAAACCAGCAUCUGGGGCAGCGAGACGACCAUGGGUUCUUGGGAAAGUGAUGGAGAAGGAAUACUGUCAAGCUAAAAAGGCACAGAACCGGUUCAAAGUUCCACUGGGUACCAAGUUCUAUCGUGUGAAGGCUGUACCCUGGAAUAAGAAAGUAUAAUAUUUGCCAUGUACAAAAAAGUUUGUUUUGCUUACAUUUGUAAUGAUAUCCAUAAUUUUAUCAGCAUUGCAUUAGAAAAAUAAAUAAAGUCAUAAUCAUAACAUUUUGGUUUUUGGUUGCAACUGAAAAAACACUUUUUUUUUAACCCAAAAGAUUUAUAAUUGUGGACCAAAUAAUUUUAUUUAAUUUUUUUUUUUUUUUUUUUUUGUUAGGGCAUGCCCUAUAAAUAUUGGCGUUGAAGCCUUUAUACUUGUCUGUACAAUAAAAAUGAAGUAUUUGGAUGUUAUAUAUUAGUUCCCAUCAUGAGGGGCAUUUGUCCUAUGUGGAAAUAAUUACGAUUGGCUCAGUUUCUCUGUAAUGUUCUGGAAAUAUACAUUUAUUCUAAAUGUUAACGGAGGAAUGUUCAUGGCAUGCAUAUUGAUCUUUUUCUUUCAUUUAUUUCUCCUGAUAAAUGUAGUAGUUGGCUCUGUAGGAUUGAUGCUGUUUGUUUCUCACAAUACAGUAUACUGGCCCUCUGUUUAUACAACAACUGUACAUUCUGACACGUGGAAUAAAGCGGUCGGCCUUCACUGCAGUCCUUCCAAUGCACUUUGCUGAAAAAACACUCAGUGCUCUCAUGGGUUCAGAAAGGGAUUUUGCUCUGUUUGUAAUAUAGCAGUGCAAAACUUCCCAUUAUCACAGUACCUUGGUAUAUAGAAAAUAUUUCAUUUUUGUGAUCUUGUAUCAUUUAUUGGAUUAAAUAUGACAUUGUACAUUACCCAUCAAGUCAUACAAGUAACAGUAAAUGACUGUAUUGUAAAGGAAUU